GCGUCCCCAGCCCUAACGUUAACCUCUUCCGUGGUUUUCUGCUUCUUUCGGCAGACUACAAAACAAGCAAAGAUUUGCAUUUUAUCCUAAGAAUAUGUCAAAUAUAUCGACGGUACUUUGAAAUGAGGGCAAAUCCUCUAACCUCAGCGACCGCUUUGCCUUCAAAUCUGUCAUGGUCCGCCUCUUAACAGGAUUACUUUUAUCGCUUGAAGAGCUAUCCUGCUUUGAAUCAACUGCACUCAGAUCACCGCAGGAUUUUGGGAGGCUCUCAACUGGACUUUUGAAAUGUCGUUAACACAACAUUCCUCAUCUUCCCCACCAUCUACAUGUCAAAAUGAUGUCGACUGUGCAUUUGGAUCGGAACCAGACUCUUAUCAGACUAUGUCUGUGCUUGGACAAUGUUGUGGAGACGUAGGACAAGUUUACUUGGCUAUUUACAAGCCAUUAGACACCCCUAUAGCUCUCAAGAAAUUUAACAUGGAUAAGGCGAAGGAUGAAUUGGAAAACAUUCAGAAUGAAAUAAUUUUAACUCGCCAGUUACGCCAUCCAAAUGUUGUUGUGAUAAAUGCUGCUUUUGUAAUGGAGUCACAUGUCUGUGUGGUAUCCCCCUUGAUGGCAUUUGGGUCUUGUCGAGAUUUAUUGAACAGACAUUUUUCGGAUGGUCUACCUGAACUUGCUAUCGCUUAUAUUUUGAAAGAUAUUCUUUAUGCCUUAGAUUACAUUCAUAAAAAAGGUUACAUACACAGGGCUGUACGAGCAAGUCACAUAUUAAUAAAUGAAAAUGGACAGGCAGUUCUUUCUGGAUUGAGGUAUGCAUGUAGGGUAGUAAAGAAUGGCAGAUGGCAAAGAAAUGUCCACUCAUUUCCUCCAACUACUGCGCGUAAUUUAAACUGGCUCAGCCCUGAGCUCUUGGAGCAGAAUUUGCAAGGCUACAAUGAAAAGUCUGAUAUGUACAGUUUAGGGGUCACUGCUUGUGAGCUUGCCAAUGGUAUGGCUCCAUUUCAGGACCAUCCACCUACUCUAAUGCUGACUGAGAAAGUUAGGGGUUUUGCACCAGUGUUAUUAGAUUGCACAACAUGUCCCCAGUAUGCUGAUACAGGUCAACAGAACCCCAAUACUGCUUUUACUCAAGCUGAUUCUGGAGUUGGGGAUAGUGUUGAAUCAAAUGGCAAUAGCCUAGAAGGUGGAACCCUUGCAACAAGACGUCUCACAGACCACUUUCACCGCUUUUCGGAAUUGUGUUUGCAAAGGGACCCUGAAAAUAGACCCACUGCUGGACAACUUAUUCUUCAUUCAUUCUUUAAGCUACCGAGACGAAUGAAUGCACCUCCUUUGCCACAGCUGCUGCAUCCAGUCAUUCCUCUCACUAAAGAGGUGAUAGAUUGUCAGAACAACCAAGAUUAUUAUGCUGUGGCAGAUCGUCUCAGUGACUUAGAAAUAAAUUCUUGUGAGUGGGACUUUUAAGAGAAUACCCAGAAAUUUAGUUUGAAGGAGAACAGUGUCAGAGUCUUAGGUAUUGUACAAUACUCACAAUAUUCACCUUGUUAUGACUGUGUGCGAGAGAUAUGAGAGAAUGACGUGUAUUGUGAUUUAAUUAACAGACUAAAUUACUUAUUGGCUUGGUUGUUCAUUCAUUGAUUAUUUUCACCCGUGUAUUGUUUGUGACUGACAGUGUGCUAGCAAUGGGCAAAUAUUCUUUGUCCUCAUUGUUCUUUUGAUUUUAUUACCUUAAGUACAAAAGAGUGAGUUUAGCCAUAUCAUUGGUUAAUCAGAAGGACACUAAUCGAGACUGAAUAGUAUAACAAAUGGGGAGAGUAUUUAAUUUUAUUUUAAUGAGCAUUUCUUGAAUUUUCUGUUUUUCAUUUCUUGUUAUCGUUGGAAUGAGGUGAGCCCUUCUGAUGUUUUCAGCGUUACCAUGUUGGAUCAAUGACUUUCAAAUGUAUUGUCCAAUCUGAAACUAAGUAUUGAUUGAUGUAUAUCACGCAUUUCUUUCAAAAGCUUCACUGUAAAUUAGAGGAGUCAUAUUUUUCCUAUGCAUUUUGUAGAUUUACGGUAAAUUACAAGUAUUCAAUUUUGUUACCUUGA